GCAUCAUUCUCAGCUGUGAGGCCACCAAACACUCAACAUGAAGGCAACAGCAACUAUUCUCCUGACGGUGGUGGUGGCGACAUGGGCAGCAGCGAUUCCCAACCCAUCCCCAUCCCCUGCCCCUGCUCCUGCCGCUGCCCCUCGCCCAGCUGCGCAACAAGACUACUUCCAAGACUCACUGGAGGCUGCACAGUACCAGGCGCCUGUCAUCCAGUACCAGAGCCCCGCCCUCGUUACACGCCGCAGCCCAUUUAUGAGAACGAGCCAGCCUUGUACACAUUCCAGUGGGAGGUGAAUGAUGACUACUACGGCAACUAUUACGGCCACCAGGAGCACCGCGAGGGCCCCAUCACUAGAGGAAGCUACUACACCAGGCUGCCCGACACACGCCUCAUGAAGGUGGAGUACUAUGUGGAUGAGUACGGAUACCACCCAACUAUCACGUACGAGGGAGAGGCACAGUACCCAGCACCACAAGCAUACCAGCACCACAAUGUCCAUCCAGUGCAGGGUGACUUGUACCUCUAACCCGCAUGUGUCUUAAUGGGGCGCCUCACCUUACCUGUGUGUGUGUGUGUGUGUGUGUGUGUGUGUGUUGUGUGUGUUUGUGAUCUCUUACUCUUCUCCGUCUGUGUGAGUGAGUUCGAGUGAGUGUUUGUGUGUUUUUGUUUGGUU